AUGUCUAAAAUUUCAUUUUUCGAUAUAUCCUUAUUUCAAUUGAUAGGCUAUGCCUUAUUAAUCCUUCUCGCUAAAUUAUUAUAUCAUUUAAUAUAUAAUUUAUAUUUAAGUCCACUCAGUAAAAUACCGAGUCCAUUCCUUUGCUCUAUAUCAAGUAUACCCAUAAUUUUAAGAAGACCUGAAGGAAAAAUUUUUAAAUGGUUUUUUCAUUUACACAAACAAUUUGGUCCUGUAGUUCGUAUAGGUCCUUCUUUCGUUUUAUUUUCUAGUAAAAAUGCUGUAAAGCAAAUUCUUACAACUGAUAAUUUACCAAAAUCUGAUUCUCUUGCUGGAAUUCGUUCUGAUCCUAAUUUCCCUACUUUAUUCUCUGCUACUGAAAAAACUUUUCAUCAAAAACGUCGUAAACUUUUAUCUUCCGCUUUUUCAAUUAAAUAUAUUUCUACUCUUGAACCUUUAAUGCGUUCUUGUACAGACGUAUUAUUACAAAAAAUUUCAUCUCUUUCUAAUAACUCUAAUAACGUUGAUAAUACUUUAAAUAUUUAUGAGUUGAUACAAGCUUGUACUCUUGAUAUAAUUGGCGAAACCGCUUUCGGUGGUUCUUUUAAUAUAGUUGAAAAAGGAAAUCAUCCUUUACCUGAAAAAGUUUUUCAAGAAUUAAAAAGACGUGUAAUGUGUCAUACUUUCCCUUACCUAAAAUCUUUUAUGUUCAUUUUGAAAAUUAUAAAAGAACGAAGAGAACUCAAUGAUCAAGGCAAAAAACGUAAUGAUAUUCUUCAAACCUUACUUGACUCUAAAGAAGUAACUGAUGAUCCAUUAACAGAAUUCGAAAUUCAAGAUCAAAUUAUGGAAUUCGUAAUUGCUGGUAGUGAUACUGGUUCUCUUACAAUAAAUAUGGCUCUGAUAAUGCUUCUUUAUCAUCCUGAAAAACUUGAAGCUUUAGUCUCCGAACUUGAUUCUCUAAAUCUUCAUCAAUCUUCAUCAACUUUAAUUCCAUCUCAUGAUUCCUUAAAAAAUCUUAAAUAUUUAAAUGCUGUCAUCUAUGAAACUCUUCGACUGUUUCCCGCUUCAAUAGGUGGAAUCCUUCGUCAAACUACAAAAGAUACAGUGAUUGAUGGUUACUUUAUUCCUAAGGAUACUGCUGUAUCUGCUUCAAUAUGGACUGUUCAUAAAUCAAAAGAAAUUUGGGGUCCUGAUGCUGAUGAUUUUGUACCUGAACGUUGGAUAAAUUCUAAAAAUUCAUCAAUGAAAAAUGCUUUUUAUGGUUUUGGGGCUGGUUCCCGUAAUUGUAUUGGUGUUAAUUUCGCUUGGAUGGAAAUGAGAUUAUUAUUGGCUAGUUUACUAUUAAAUUUUAAGUUUGAAAUGGUCAAAAAUCAAGAUUUGGAUCUUGUACAUUUUAUUACUCCUGCUUUAAAAUCAAAAAAGUUUCUGGUUGGUGUUAAAUCACGACAUUAA